AUGGCCAAGUUUGCGGCCGCGGCCCUCCUGGGUCUUGCGGCCACCGCCGACGCGGCCAAGUCCCUGGCCGACAUCAAGCACGUCGUCAUGAUGAUGAUGGAGAACCGUUCGCUGCAGCAUUACUUUGGCACCAUGGCCGGUGUUCGCGGCUUUGCCGACCCCAACGUCCAGAUCAACCCCACGAACAACCUUCCCAUCUGGUACCAACCCGUGAGCACCCUCACCGACAAGGCCGAGUACCUGCUCCCCUACUGGCUCAACUAUGAGAACACCGAGGAGGGCUACAACAAGAGCCAGUGCCUCUGCGCCGGCGCCAACAACUGGAUCCCCACGCACCAGGCCAUGAACCACGGCGCCAACGACCAGUGGGCCGUCAUCGACGACCCGCAGUCCUGGGGCUACUUCAAGCGCCAGGACAUUGCGUACCACUUUGCCCUCGCCGAGUCGUACACGCUCGCCGACAUGUACCACGCGGCCAUCAUGUCCAACACGGACCCCAACCGCUGGUACUGGCAGUCGGGCACCAUCAACGUGCCCGGCGGCAAGACGCCGCUCGGCAGCGGCGGCGUCGUCCUCGACGACAACCAGAGCAACGGCUGCGUCGCCACCAACCUCGACUGCCUGCCGCUGCAGUGGCCCGCCUUUGCCCAGAAGCUCGACGAGGCCGGCGUCGACUGGCGCUCGUACCAGGAGUCGUACAACUGGGCCACCAACAACGGCCUCUUUUACUUUGAGGCCUUCCAGAACGCCGCCCAGAACUCGAGCCUCUACCAGCGCGGCCUCGCCUUUGACGGCGACAACUCGCUCGCCGCCUUCAAGGCCGCCGCCGCCAACGGCACCCUGCCCGAGGUCUCCUGGUGCUUCCCCCCCGGCAACCUCCAGGAGCACCCGCCCUACACUCCCCAGGACGGCUCCUGGUGGAUCAACGAGAUUGUCAACGCCACCCUCCACGGCCCCAACUACGAGGACACCGUCAUCCUCCUGAACUGGGACGAGGCCGGCGGCUGGGGCGAUGCCGUCCUGCCCGUCAUUCCGCCCAACGGCACCGCCGGUGAAUACUUUGAGGACCCCUAUGGUACUCUGGGAUACACCUGGUCGGGACCCGGUGUUCGAAUCCCGCUCAUCAUGAUCUCGCCGUACACCCGUGGUGGUCAUGUCUUUACUGAGCGUGGUGACCACUCUUCGAUCCUGUUGUUCCUCGAGGAGUGGCUGGCUGCCCGCGGCUACAAGGGUCUUGACACCAAGGACACCAUGUCGGACUGGCGUCGCGAGCACGAGUCGAACCUCGUCAACGCUUUCGACUUUGAGAAUCCCGACUUCUCGAUCCCUGACCUCCCGGUCCCCGAGACUCCGAUCCAGGACAGUGAAGGCCACCUGCUGGGCCUGUACGCUGGCUACUGCUCCAAGGUGUUUGGCACGAGCUGCUCGAGCAGCGAGUACUACCUGCCGUACCCGUACGGCAACCAGACGGAGGAAGAGUCGCUGUACUUUGAGGACGGCUUCAAGGGCGUGCGCGGCUACCUGACGGAGGGCCGGUACCUUGUGUUUGAGAGCAACGGGUACGCGCUGACGACGGACGGCAAGAGCAAGCAGUUCACGGCGAAGAAGGCGACGGCGGGCCACGAGGAGAUCCAGCAGCGGUGGGUGCUGCACGCGCUGGAGGAGGAGGGCACGACGUUCCACAUUCAGAGCGCGUCGAACAACUACUACAUUUCGCAGCACUCGUCGCUGUCCAUUUCGGAGAGCGGCGCCGAGGUGUACAACAUCACCUACAUUGGCAACAGCCAGUACAAGCUGCAGAAGGAGAACGGCGCCUACCUCAACAUUGACAGCGACGGCAAGCUGUCGUUCACGUCGACGCCAGUGGGCUACAACGUGUACAGUGUGACGUACCACUCGUAA